UUGUCUCCUGGGAAAUGUAGUCCCGUCCCCUCAGCGGGUGCGCUCUGCUGCGUAGGGUCGCCCGCUGGCUCGGGUUCCACCUUCCGCCGGGGGAGGCGGUAAAGCACGUCGACGGCGAUGCUGGUUUUGCGACAAUGGUGUGCCGGUGGCCGUAAAGCAAGGCGUGUUGUUGUCAGCUGCCUGGGCAAAGCAGGAACUCAGUCUGAGGGGGAGGAAAAAGAAAUGAGCAAGAACAGGAGGCCGCCUCCACCACCAGGACGCAGUGGUGCUGCCAAAGCCAGACAGAUGGGUUUGCUAGUGGAUUUCUCUCCAGAUGGGAUGAUGGACAAUGAUAAGGAGGAGGAUGGUGAACUGGAAGCAGAAUUAAUAGCUAUCGUUGGAGGACGGCCAGAUUCAAAAGAGAAGCCAAAAGGGAAAACCCCUUUGCCCAUGGAAGCUAUUGAGAGAAUGGCCGCUCUCUGCAUGAAGGACCUGGAUGAAGAGGAAGGGGAAGAGGAAGAAGAUCUGGAAGAUGAAGAUGAUCUGAUGGCGGAACUCAAUGAAGUCCUGGGCGAAGAGAAAGAAACCAAGGAUGCCACAAUACCUGCUACUAAGGUGAAUGAAACUCCAGCUGAUUCCAGCAGCGUAGAAUCUACUCUGGUGGAAAGGCUGGAAAUGUACAGAACAGCCAUCGCUAAUGCAAAGCAAGCUGGAGACAGCGCCAAAGUACGCAGAUAUGAAAGAGGCCUCAAGACAUUAGAAAACAUGUUGACCUCUGUGAGGAAGGGCAAAAAGAUUGAUGAGGAAGAAAUCCCUCCUGCAGUUGCACUAGGAAAGGGUGGGAGCUCCCAGCUGCCGUCCCCUUCUCCACUUACUCUGUCAUCUCAGAGCUCCACACCCAACGGAAGGUUCAGUUUAUCCAGCCAUCCUCCUCCACAGCCACCCACUGCAGCACCUCCGCAGGGACCCUUUGCAGCAUCUCCCAAGCUGCCGACUCCUGUACUUCCAAAGCCAACCCUGUCCCUGCCCAUCAGAUCUCCGGAGACACCAGAGGAAAAACCUGUCCCUUUGGCACUCUCGGGUUCUGAAAACUUCAGCACCCAGGCGCUCCUACAGGACAGGCAGCGGGAGUACAAGCUAGCCGCGCUGCAUGCUAAACAGCAAGGCAGUGUCGAGAUGGCCAGUAAAUACUACCGCAUCGCUAAGAGCUUUGAUCCCAUUCUAGAAGCCUUGGGGAAAGGUGAAACCGUGGAUCUGGACCACCUGCCCCCACCUGUAGACCAGCUGCCCAAGGAGCUGUUGUCCCCAGGUCUACAACAACAAUCUGCUGUGUCGACAACAAUGCCUUUAGCAAAAUCAGCAGCCCCCGCUGCAGAUAUCCCUCCACCCCCGCGAGACAUGUUGGAAGCCCUGCAGCAGAGGAUGGAGCGGUACAAAACAGCCUCAGCUCAGGCCAAGAGCAAAGGAGAUGACCGGAAGGCAAGAAUGCAUGAGCGCAUUGUGAAGCAAUACCAAGAGGCCAUCCGAGCUCACAAAGCAGGGAAAGCUGUGGAUUUUGCUGAGCUGCCUGUUCCACCAGGCUUUCCACCCAUCCGUGGCAUGGAGGCUUCAUCAGGAGACCAAAGCAUCAUGGGAGUCCUGGAAACUGCUAUAAAACUAGCCAAUCAAGAAGACCGAGCAAAUGAUGAGGAAGAUGACAACGUGGAGGGGAUGAAAAAGCCUGGCUCCUGCCCUGUGCUGUCAAAGCCAGCCGCCUUGUCCCAGCCCAAACUGGUUCCACGUGUGUCUUCGGGAGGUACCCCUGCAGCAUCAAAUCCAGCUGGGACUGGUAAAUCCACCACAAAAGCCACCACAAAAGCUCAACAGCAGCUGGCCUUCCUGGAGGGCAGGAAGAAACAACUAAUGCAGGCGGCACUUCGAGCCAAACAGAAGAAUGACAUUGAGGGAGCGAAGCUGUUCCUGCGUCAAGCCAAGGGCCUUGACCCCAUGAUCGAGGCAUCCCAGAGUGGGCUUCCUGUGGACAUAACCAAAGUGCCCCAAGCCCCAGUGAACAAGGAGGAUUUCGUGCUCGUGCAGCGUCGUGGGGUCAGCAUCUCCCCAGAGGCGGCCAGCCAGUACAUGGAGUUCAUGAAGCUGAUGAUGCAGCAGCACGAGAUGUGUUUGAAUUACUCCAAGCAGUUCACUCACCUAGGAAAUAUCGCCGAAACAACCAAGUUUGAGAAGAUGGCAGAGGAUUGCAAGAAGAACAUGGAAAUCUUAAAGCAAGCCCACGCCAAAGGCUUCCCAUUGCCCAAGUACCACUAUGAGCAGAGGACCUUCAGUGUGGUCAAGAUCUUUCCUGAGCUGAACAGCAACGAUAUGGUGCUUACUAUAGUGAAAGGGAUCAACCUCCCAGCUCCUCCAGGUGUGACUCCCAAUGACCUGGAUGCCUUUGUGCGCUUCGAGUUUCCCCACCCCAACGCGGAGGAAGCUCAAAAAGAUAAGACCAACGUGAUCAAAAACACAGAUUCGCCCGAAUUCAAAGAGCAGUUCAAGCUGUAUAUUAAUCGGGGCCACCGAGGGCUCAAGAGAGUCUUUCAGACCAAAGGCCUCAAGUUUGAGGUUGUCCACAAAGGGGGGCUUUUCAAGACAGACCGCGUGGUGGGGACAGCACAACUGAAACUGGAGGCACUGGAGACUACGUGUGAGCUUCGGGAGAUUGUCGAGCUACUGGAUGGCCGCCGUCCCACAGGGGGGAAGUUGGAGGUGAUUGUGCGUCUAAGGGAGCCUCUGAGUUCUCAGCAGCUGGAGACAACAACAGAGAAAUGGCUGGUUAUUGACCCUCAGACCAUGCCAGCGGUUGCUCUCCCCAAACCCAAACCGACAGUCGGUCCAGUGAGGGACGUGGGCAACAGCAAACCCAUUCACACUCUGCACAGCUUGAAUGUUUUAGCCUUUGACAAGGAGAAGCUGGAAAAGAAGGUGUUGGCGUACAGACAGGCUCACAGACCGCUUCCCAGCGAGCUAGUGGAACAGUACCAGGACAUCAUGCAGCGAAGCCAGUGGCUGAAAUCCCAGCUGCAGCAUGGGGGCCCUGCAUUCAGGAAAGAGUACCUGACGCAGCUGGAGAGGUUCCUGCAGUUCUACACCCAGUCUGCACGGCGUCUCGGGAACGAGGGCAAUCGGGACGCUGCCAAGGAAGCCCUGUACAAGCGGAAUCUCGUGGAGAGUGAGCUUCAGAAGUUCCGCAGAUGAAGCCCUUGGUGUUUUGAAGGCCUGGGACAGAAUGGCCUGCCCCCCAUACAUUGCACUCCUCUUCCCUCCAUGACCCACAUGGGGGAGAAACUAGACAGACACUAAUGGGAGGGGUGGAGUUCCAUUCGCCGAGGGGUGGGAUAUACUUGAGGGGAUGGGAAAGGCCCUGAAAUUGACCUUGCAUCCUCUGCUCGUGUAGGGAGGGUGCUGUCCUUGUGCCCCUUCCCCACCCCACUCUGGUGGUAGAAGUGAGCUCAGGCCCUGACCUCACCCCACCCCUAGAACAGCCCCCUACCCCCGAACCCUUAAGUGCAUGAUGCCCUGCAGGGAGAAGAGCCAGACAAUCAUGUGACAAUCACUUUGCCCCUCUGUUCACUGAGUCCACCCUGCUCCUGGUCCCCAGCUCUGCUGGCCACCUGGUAAAAGGCUUAGCGGGAGAGCACUUUAUUCACGAGGCCAAACUACAGCCGGGUUUGUCUCUACAAGGGCUGGGCCCCUGCUAGGGCAGAUACCUUUGGCAAAUGGGUGCUGACCACAGGUCCCGCCUCCCUUCAGCAGGCUCAGCACAUGGCUGCUCGGGCAGACAGGACUGCAGUGUGCAGGACUCUUCAUUUGUGUAGCCAUUACCUGUAAUGCCCCGUCUACCCUAGCCCCCGGGCUGUUCUCAGCACCAUCUGACGGGAGCCUAGGGGUGUAUGGGUGGCUGAUGUGCCCUGUUCUCAGCCACAGGUCCCCAUCCUAGUCCAGGCAAGACCUGGUGCAAAGGGAAACCACCCCAUCCCAUCUCCUGACCUGUCCUUCAGAGCCCAGUCUGAAACGAUUUUGCAGACCCUGGGCGGGAGCUGUGCUAGAAUUCUGUGGGCAGGGAGUGGUUGGGAAAACGCUCUGCCUGUCCUGGGGCACGGGUACUGGCUGGAGCAGGGUUCGAGGCCAGACUAGAGUAUAGCCAUUGUCUCUGCGACUCUUCCCCCCACCUUGGUAAAGUGCAAUCCGUGCUGUCCUUCUGGGCACUGGUUUAUAAAGGGGCUUUAUACCACACAGCACUGUGGGCCAGGCUAAGGCUGCAACCUGUGAGCGCUGCCCUGUGCUCUCCCUCCCGAAGGUGCAGAGGCCCUGGGCGGGGGGCACUUAUCUGUCACCCAGCUAAUCCAAUCCCUGGUGCUGCUUUUGUGGAAUGCCCCAUCCUCUGCCUGCAGCAGCAUCUCCCGGGGGACGGCUCCAGUACCUGUCUGCAUCACACAGACAUAGCUAAGGCAUGUCCCCCGAUGCCCUUCCCCAGCCCAUAUCACCAGACCUCCUGCUUUGGCAGCAGCUGCUCUUCCAGCCUUUGCCUGCGUGGUGGGAGGCAGGGGCUGUGUGAGCAGAGAUGGGCAGAAAACCCUUUCCCUAGCCCCAAGACACUGUCUGAGGCCCCCCCACCCCCCUCCAACCAAGUGAGAGCCGGGACGGUAUGGGGCAGGAAGCUGCUUUAAGGAGUCAGAGCAGGGACGCAGUGAGUGUGACUGUGGCACUGCCUUGGGAUCCAGUGGACUACAGGCGAAGGGAGGACAUGUUCCUGCUAUCUCCUCCUGCUAAGGCUGGGACAAUCACAGGGAGGGAAAGGCACCUCAUUGUGGAUCAGAGCAGCUGCCCCAAUGUCCGCAACUGGCUACUGUGUAAAUACCGAUUAAGACUUCCGCACCUUGUCCGAACUAGAUGACACUAAAGAUGCUCCCUCCAUUUCCCCCUAUUAUGGCUCACGGGGACCCUCUCCCUACCCCUGAUUUGCACUCUGGUCGCAGCUCAUCUUGCAUGGAGGGGUCCCUGCACCAAUGCACUUUGCACGUACCCCUCCCACAGGGACUGCAGGCCCCAGCUGCUCACGCUGCUUUGUUCAGGAUUCGCAGGGCUCCAGGAAGAGGAUGCCUGGGAAGGGUGGUACAUGUUGUGAACUGCUAACCCCAUCAUGGGCCUGCUGCUUUAAGGAGGCUAUGAAAGAGGGAAGUGGAGAAUAGGGCUAUUUCUCGCUACUGACCUGAUCCAACCAGAAGGGCUAACAGGGCUCCAGUUUGAGUGCUGUCCAAGAUCCCCCUUGCCCUGCAUUUCCCACUUACGGGAAGUGACCAUAGAGGAAUCUGCAGCUAGAGCCCCUCUCUGGCCAUUUGUCUUGCUCCGAUGCCUAUUCCUUGCCCUUUGGACAGAGAGCGCCGCGCGUGCACGCGGGGCUGGCUUUCUCUCUCAGCGGCUGUAGGAUGAAACACAUCUGCAUUUCACCCUACUGCCCUUCUCCCCUGGCGCCUGGCUCCAGUGGACCAGCUGCAGCUUCUCCCAGAAGGAACCGUGUUCAGCAGCUCGUCAGGCUCGGGAUACCCUGGCUGGGAAUGGUUGUUUU